AUUACUGACUCAGGCUUACCAACAUAUCUUAGCUUUGGUGUUUGCUGUGAAGGAGAUUAAUGAAAAUCCUCAGAUCUUAACCAAUGCUACCCUAGGAUUCAACAUCCACAACACUUAUUUUAGUCCAAGACAUACUUCUGCAGCCACAAUGGAAUUAAUCUCUACAUCAGGCAGAUUUAUUCCUAAUUACAAAUGUGACAUCCAGAACAUUUUGGUGUCUGUCAUUGGAGGACCGAGUUCUAAUGAAUUCCUGGACAUGGUUACCAUCCUGAACAACUACAAAAUUGCACAGCUUGCUUAUAGCUCUGCUCCCGAGAUGAAUACUCAAAUGCAAUCUGAUUUCUUCCAUUGGGUGUCCCCAAAUGCAAUUCAUCAGUACAAGGGGAUCCUCCAUCUUCUGCUGCAUUUUGGAUGGACUUGGAUUGGGGUGUUGUAUCUUGAUACUGGCAGAGUGACAGACACAUUGCUAAGGAACGUGCUUCCCAUGUUUUCCAAAAGUGGCAUUUGUUUUGAUUUUGUAUCAAAACUGGCUGCAGGAUUCCUUGAUAAUUUUGAUGAAGUGGUAGAAGCAGCUGGGGAAACAGUCCAACUUCUUUUGACCUCCACAACUAAUGCAAUUAUUGUCCAGGUGAAUUCAAAUGACGUUUCUGGAUUCUACCAAUUUCUGGAAGAGAGGAACCCGCUAUUGGUGAAAAACGAUGACUCGUUGAGAGAAAUCUGGCAACAAGCAUUUAAUUGCUUCUUCCCCAGUUUUACCAGUGAAAUGACAGAUGUGGACAUCUGCACUGGGAAGGAGCAGCUGGAGACUCUCUCAAUGACUGUGUUUGAAAUGCAGAUGACUGCUCACAGCUACAGUGUCUACAAUGCUGUCUAUGCCAUUGCGCAUGCUUUGCAUGCGAUGAAGUCCUCAGUGUUCAACCAAAGGUCAAAGAUAGACAGAUGGAGACAGAGCCUUAAUCAACAAGCAUGGAAGAUCCAUCCCUUUCUUAGGCGUGUGUCAUUUAACACCAGCAGCAGAGCAAUUAUUUCUUUUGAUGAAAAUGGUGAAUUAAUAGGAAAGUUUGACAUCAUCAACUGGGUCACAUUCUCAAACCAGACUUUUCUUAGAGUCAAAAUUGGAAGGAUAGACCCACAGGCACCCUUAAACCAACUGUUGACUAUUUCUGAAAAGAACAUUGUCUGGCCAACCCAGUUUGGGCAGAUCCAGCCCAUUUCCUUGUGCAAUGAUAAAUGCCAUUCAGGCUAUAGAAAGACCAAGAAAGAGAGCAAACAUUUUUGCUGCUAUGACUGUAUCCCCUGUUCAGAAGGGAAGAUCUCAAACCAGACAGAUAUGGAUGAUUGCCUUCUGUGUCCACCUGAUCGUUAUCCAAAUAAAGACCAUGAUUCAUGCAUUCCCAAAUACAUAAGUUACCUAUCUUAUGAAGAAAAUCUAGGCAUUGGACUGAGCACUGUGGCUUUUGUGCUUUCCUUCAGCACAAUUUCUGUACUUGGAAUCUUCAGGAAGUACCACAAUACUACCAUUGUCAAGGCCAACAACCGCAGCCUCUCCUACACCCUCCUCAUCUCCCUCCUCCUCUGCUUCCUUUGUUCUCUGCUAUUCAUUGGCCAACCCACAAAAGUGACGUGCCUCCUUCGACAAACAGCUUUUGGAAUCAUCUUCUCAGUGGCACUUUCUUGCCUGUUGGCUAAAACUAUCAUUGUGGUUCUUGCUUUCCUAGCCACCAAGCCAGGAUCACAAAUGAGGAAAUGGGUUGGAAAACAAUUAGCUCUUUCCAUUGUGCUCUUCUGCUCCCUUAUUCAAACUCUCCUUUGUGUGAUCUGGUUAUCCAUCUCUCCUCCAUUUCCAAAUACUGACAUGAACUCUCUAAACAAUGAAAUCAUUCUAGAAUGCAAUGAAGGAUCUGUUGCAAUGCUUUAUUGUAUCUUGAGCUUCAUGGGCCUUUUAGCUAUUGUUAGCUUUGUUGUAGCUUUCCUAUCUAGGAAAUUACCAGACACUUUCCAGGAAGCCAAAUCCAUCACUUUCAGUAUGCUAGUCUUUUGCAGUGUCUGGUUGUCUUUUGUUCCUGCCUACGUGAGCAGCAAAGGAAAAUAUAUGGUGGCUGUGGAGAUCUUUGCCAUCUUGGCUUCCAGCGGGGCACUAUUAGGUUGUAUCUUUGUCCCCAAAUGCUAUAUUAUUUUGUUGAGACCUGAUCUGAAUAAAAAGGAGCAUUUGAUCAAAGGAAUCAAGUAA